GAGCCCAACGGACCAUGUCAUGGACAUGAAACGGAUAGCGGCUUCGUGCUCUUGCUCCACCAUUUUUAUGUUUUUAUCUUUAUCUUCUGAUACGCUCCAAAAUUUUCACCUAGAAGAGCGUGCUGCUUCUCAGCCAUCGAAUUAGCACACUAUAGCACUGAGUUCUCUGUUCCCCUGAGAUGACAUUCUUGGUCAGAGCUCCCUAUUGUCAUCAUUUCUCUUCAACUGCCAUGGCAAUGUCCUCGAGCUUUUGCCCUCACCUUCCACUCCAAUUUGGAGCCAGACCCAUUUUCUACUUCCCAACCAAACCCUCAUUUUCUCUCUCUUUCAAGCCUUUCUCUGUUCAAGCAUCCAAAAAUUCUUCUGGUAAAGAAGAGCUGCGUGUUGGCUUCCUGGGUCUUGGAAUCAUGGGUACACCAAUGGCACAAAACCUUAUAAAAUCAGGCUGUGAUGUGACUGUUUGGAAUAGGACCAAGAGCAAAUGUGAUCCUCUCAUCAAUUUGGGAGCAAAAUAUCAGUCUUCUCCUCAGGAAGUAGCAGCAUCUUGUGAUGUCACAUUUGCAAUGCUUGCUGAUCCGAAUAGUGCACUGGAAGUUGCUUGUGGGGAAAAUGGAGCUGCAAGUGGAAUGUCUCCAGGAAAAGGAUAUGUGGAUGUUUCAACGGUUGAUGAUACCACUUCCAAGUUGAUCAGUGCACGUAUAAAAGAAACUGGGGCUUUGUUUUUGGAGGCUCCUGUUUCGGGUUCCAAAAAGCCAGCAGAAGAUGGACAGCUGAUAUUUCUUACUGCAGGUGACAAAUCUCUCUAUGAAACUGUUGCUCCUUUUCUGGACAUCAUGGGGAAGUCGAGAUUUUAUCUUGGUGAUGUCGGAAAUGGAGCUGCCAUGAAACUAGUAGUCAACAUGAUCAUGGGAAGCAUGAUGGCGGCUUUUUCUGAAGGACUGCUUCUCAGUGAGAAAGUAGGACUCGAUCCAAAUGACGUUGUGGAGGUAGUUUCUCAGGGGGCGAUUAGUGCACCAAUGUACAAACUCAAAGGACCAGCAAUGAUCAAAUCCCAGUAUCCCACUGCCUUCCCCUUGAAACAUCAGCAGAAGGAUUUAAGGCUUGCUCUAGGUUUGGCAGAAUCUGUAUCUCAAUCCACUCCUAUUGCUGCUGCUGCUAAUGAACUGUACAAGGUAGCCAAAUCUCGUGGACUCAGUGAUCAAGAUUUUUCAGCUGUCAUUGAAGCUUUAAAAGCAAAGUUGCAGAAUUGAUUGCCAUAUCUACGAGUUCAACCUCUUUUUUUUUUUUUUUUUCUUUUCUUUUCUUUCCCCAAUUGUAUUUGUAUUUGUAUUUUCUUUUUCUUUUUGCCUAGUGAUUUGAGAAAUGACCUUUGGCUUAUAAUAUUUUAUUUGUUCAUUGUCACCAUUAUAUACGAAGAAAAUCUAGUUCCAUUAA